AUGAGCCCUGCUGCAAGUCUUGUCCAGCAGAAAAUCAGGCUGUUUGUCAAGAAAUUCAGCAAAGGUUUCCAUUCCAAGAAAGCAUACACAAAGUUGGAGCAUGGAGAUAUUCAAGUAGCUCCAAAAGGGUAUGUGUUUUUGUAUGUGGGGGAAGAGCGAAAGCGGUAUACAGUUUCUUUGAAGUGUCUCUCUUGUCCAGCUUUCGAAGAAGCGAUGGUCGAGUCGCAGCCGGAUGUGUUCGAUGUCAAGAUUGAAGGGCCUAUUGAGCUUUUAUCAUGUACAACCGAGGACUUUCAUAAGCUGAUGUCGAAGAUCAAGGAGGGUCAUUAG